AUGCUCGAGUUUCCCAUUUCUUGUCAUCUCAAUAGCUGCGUGCAAGAGACCAUCACGAAGCCGCUGCCGACUUUACCCUCUCUGGCGCAUGUGGCCGGUGUUGGCCGCUCCAGGCCUCGAGAAAACGCCCCGCGUACUGUCGCGCCGCCCGGCGCUGGCGGCCCCCGGGAGACCCGAUAUUUUCAUAACAGUGACAAUUUAUACCAAAUGACCUCACAGCUUGAAUGCAUGACAUGGAAUCAAAUGAACUUGGGAUCUACAUUAAAGGGCCAUACGGCAGGAUAUGAAAAUGAGAACCACAGUGCUCCUAUGUUAUACAGCUGUGGGGCCCAGUACAGAAUACACACCCAUGGAGUUUUUAGAGGCAUACAAGAUGUCCGACGGGUGCCAGGAGUAGCUCCAACUAUUGUCCGAUCAGCAAGUGAGACAAAUGAAAAGCGCCCCUUCAUGUGUGCGUACCCUGGCUGUAACAAGCGAUACUUUAAGUUGUCCCAUUUACAGAUGCACAGCAGAAAGCACACUGGUGAAAAACCCUAUCAGUGUGAUUUUAAGGACUGUGAACGAAGAUUUUCUCGUUCAGACCAACUCAAACGGCACCAAAGACGACACACAGGUGUGAAACCCUUCCAGUGUAAAACCUGUCAGAGAAAGUUCUCCAGAUCUGAUCAUCUGAAGACUCAUACCAGGACUCAUACAGGUGAAAAGCCUUUCAGUUGCCGGUGGCCCAGCUGUCAAAAAAAAUUUGCCAGGUCUGAUGAAUUAGUUCGUCAUCACAACAUGCACCAGAGGAACAUGACUAAACUGCAGUUGGCCCUUUAGACAGUUCAAACAAGUGAAUAAACCAGAUGGGACAUUAUGAGCUACUGCAAACUUUUUCAGCCAUCUUCGAUCACCUCUGUCAGAAAGCUGCGGCUGUCUUCACAACCCAUUUGACACAAGUUAACUAAACCGUAGGAUUCUGCUCAGCCUUGUCUUCCAUUCGGACUUACAAAAUUUCCUAGUCAAUAAGUUCAAGAUAUUUUUAUUUAUAACUUUGUUAAAAAGUGAGCAAGAUUGCCACAGUUUCAAUAUUACUAUCGCUGACACCUUUGAUGUCUGCUUCGAUGUCAGUUUUCUGCUUUAAUUUUUACUUGAACUUUUCUAGGUACAUAUUACUGUACCUUUUUCAGUCCUGCAGUGGGUAGGGCACCUGUCCCUAUUCAAGAUAAGCUUUAUGCUUGCUGCAUUUGUGCAUGUGCUGAAGUUUCUAAAUGCUAGUGUAGCUAUCUUCCCAACUGAACAGUCAUCUGAGAUACUUUUAGUAAACUUUGUACUUGUACUGCCAAGGGGCAAGCUUCUAAAGUUGGAAGUUCUGCUUUUGAAUUUCACAAAUCAAACUUUUUUAAAGAACAUAUUCCUAGAGCAGCUAAAGCUAGAUGAACCAGUACCUCUCUGUACAGAAAAUAAGAAUCUUACCAUUAAGUUAACUUGUUUUUUAAAUAAUAACAUAAUUGAUCCCCAACAACUGAUUUGUUUGUCAAAUAACUCUCUCUCUCUCUCUCUUGCUCUCUCUCUUUCAAAUGUAUUGGUUUAAAUUUAUUCCAUCAUGAGACAUAUAGAUCUCCUUUACACAAAAUUAAUUUUGAUCAUUGUAGACAUUUGGGAUUUGUUUACAAUGUAAAGCCACACUGGUUAUGUGGCUAGCAAGCUGUAUAAACUUAAAACUGAACUUUUAAUGGGGCUGGUCCAGGAUCUCCAUUAACAGAUUACUCUUAAGAUAAGUAACUUAAAAAGACUCUGUCAAGUAUAUGUGAAAAAGACAUUAUUAGUGUAAGGAAAUAUAUUGUUUCAGGGUUUUGGGAGGAGGGGUUUAUUAUUUACUUUUAAUUGCUUGAAAUUGUGUGUAUAUAUAUAUAUCUGAUAAUGUAUUGCUCUUAGACAUCUAAAAUUAGAAAGCGUAUAAAUAUUAGAUGCAUCACUGUUCUGAUGUCGUUGCUGUUACAAACUAUUGAUAACACUAAGAAUGUAACCUGCAUUUUUCACUGAGCUUUCAAUUAAAGCCCAUUCAAAGAGAAA